AAAGGCUAGAGAGAUGUACCUCAUAGGAACGGGAAAAGGAGGCGUGAAUUUUUUGGGGGGGAGAAGGGGGUGACAUGAGCUCCUCUCUGCCCUCGGUGCUGGAUGCCAGAUUCCCCCUUGACUUGGGCUACCAUUUAAUUGAAGGGCGUUACUGAUUCUGAGAUGUUGGUGUAGGGUUGUCUUGUAAUGCUUCUUUCGAAACGAAACCUAAGGCUGUAUUUUGAGACACAGCCAGAGUGAAUAAGCAAAAAGCAGAAGUCGGGAUAAAUGCCAGCGGGAAAACUGAAGUGCUGCCUGCCCGUCCCUCUUUCACCUCCACUGGGCUCUUAGGAUUGCUUGCUGCUGCUGGGAAUCUCUGGGCUGCAGUGAGUGAUGCUGGAUGGACAGCAUUUUGGGCCAACGACAGAGAGAAACGAGGCAAGAACCGAAGUGGGCAUGAGAGCCAAUGGGAGCCGCAUGAGGCUCUCCGUGCCCGUUUCUCGAGUCCAUUAGCUGUCUCCUUGACAGCCAUCUGGCUCCUGUGCGUGCUUGUUGCUGCUGUCUACUAAUUGCCCUCUUCCACUCACGUACUGCAGUGAGUGGGGCGUGACUGAUCCUCUUCUGCAUUGAGGGCCAGGCCGAAAUACUAGCAACGAGAUAACGGGAUAAUGAACCGGGGUGAGAGCCAGUGGGAACUCUGAGAAGCUCCAACUGCUCCCCGCGUGCCUGGCUUCCUUUAACACCCAUCCGGUUCCUAUGCUUGCUUGCUUGCUCCUUCUGCAAAUCGUUUUCAGUCUCUACAGGCUAUACAUAAAAAAUGUCCAUGGAUGCUCCAGAACAAGUGGGAGUGUGGCGACAAACCAGAGCUCUUUUAUACAAGAACUGCCUAGUUAAAUGGAGGACUAAAAAGGCUAGUGUUCAGGAAGUCCUGAUUCCGCUUACCUUCUUAGGUUUGCUAAUAAUAAUAAGCAUGAUGCAGCCAAACAAAAGACAUGAUGAGGUGUCCGAUUCUAAUCUUUAUUCUGCAAAUCGGUCCAGCAUCUCUGAGUUUAUUAUUGGCUACGUACCAGUGACUAAUAUGACUAGAGCAAUCAUGCACAAAGUGUCUUCAGAAUACUGCACAGAAGGAAAAGAUGCAAGAGAAUUUCAGAGUGAGCAAGAAAUGGAAGAGGCUAGUCUUCAGAAUCAAAAAAACUUUGUGGGUGUCAUUUUCAGUGAUUCCAUGUCCUACCAUCUCAGAUUUCCUCCUGCAGUGGUUCCAGAAUCUUCAAUCCAUGUGGAAUCAAGAACUAGUUGUUCAAGCUCUUUCAAAAUGUGUGAAGCUGCAACAUACUGGCGCUCUGGAUUUGCAGCCCUACAGAUCUGCAUUGAUGCAGCAAUUAUAGAGUUGAAGACUAAUAAUUCAGUUUUAGAAGAGCUGGAAUCAACAAAAGCCAUCAUGAUGGGAAGGUCUGCUGUUGUGGAAAUAGAUAAUUUCUUUCGUGCAGUAAUUUUAAUUUACUUAGUGAUUGCCUUUUCACCUUUUGGCUAUUUUUUGACUAUUCAUAUUAUGACAGAAAAAGAGAAGAAAUUGAAAGAAUUUUUAAUGGUAAUGGGACUUCAAGACACAGCUUUUUGGCUUUCUUGGGUCUUACUCUACACCAGUCUGAUAUUUGUCAUGUCCCUUCUCAUGUCGGUCAUUGCAACAUUCUCUUCGCUCUUUCCCAAAAGUAGCAGCUUUGUGAUAUUUCUUCUUUUUUUCCUAUAUGGAAUAUCCUCCGUUUCCUUUGCAUUUAUGCUAACCUCUCUUUUCAAAAAAGCAAACUACGCUGGGUCAGCUCAGUUUUUCACAACUGUGGCUUUUGGUGCUGUGGGCCUGAGCAUUGUCCUGUUGGAAGAUUUUCCAAAGUCCUUUGUGUGGUCACUAAGCCCACUAUGCGAGUGCCCAUUUUUAAUUGGUGUUGCACAGGUGAUGCAUCUGGAAGAUUAUGAAGAAGGAGCUGUUUUCUCACAUCUAACUCAUGGCCCUUAUCCAUUAAUUAUUGCCUUUAUACUAUUGACCCUUGACAGCAUGCUUUACCUGCUCCUAGGGGUUUAUUUUGAUCAGGUGAUUCCAGGGGAAUAUGGAUUACGGCGAAGUUUUGUCUUCUUCCUGAAGCCCUCAUUUUGGGUUAAACGAACAAAAAAUUAUAAGGAAUUGUAUGAAAGCAGCAUUAAUGGGAGCUUAGAGUUCAAUGAGAUUGUUGAGCCUGUAUCAUCUGAAUUUCAGGGAAAAGAAGCUAUUAGAAUCAACCAUGUCCAGAAAUCAUAUGUUAAAAAGGGUGAAACUGUGGAAGCUUUGAAAAGUUUAUCCUUUGAUAUACAUGAGGGUCAGAUCACAGCAUUACUUGGACAUAGUGGAACUGGAAAAACAACAUUAAUGAACAUUCUUUGUGGAUUAUGUCCACCUUCUGAUGGGUUUGCAUCGAUUUAUGGAUAUAGAGUUUCUGAAAUAGAUGAAAUGCUAGAUAUAAGAAAGAUAAUUGGAGUUUGUCAGCAGUCAGAUAUAUAUUUUGAUGUAUUAACAGUGCGAGAGAAUUUAUCAAUACUAGCUUCGGUUAAAGGGAUACCUUCUAAUGAUGUAAUACAAGAGGUCCAGAAAGUUUUACUAGAUUUGGAUAUGCAGCCCAUUAAAGAUAAUCAGGCUAAAAAACUAAGUGGAGGACAGAAAAGGAAGCUGUCAAUUGGAUUUGCAGUUCUUGGAGAUCCAAAGGUAUUACUCUUAGAUGAACCAACUGCUGGCAUGGAUCCAUGCUCACGACAGACUGUUUGGAACCUCCUAAAAAAUGGGAAAGCCAAUCGAGUGACAGUGUUCAGUACACAUUUCAUGGAAGAAGCAGACAUUAUUGCUGAUCGGAAAGCUGUGAUUUCCCAAGGAAUGCUGAAAUGUCUUGGCUCCUCUCUCUUCCUUAAAUCCAAAUGGGGAAUUGGCUACCGCUUGAGUAUGCAGAUAGACAGAUACUGUAACACGGAAGGCACAGCAUUUUUGAUCAAGCAGCAUAUCCCUGGAGCCAGUUUGUUAAAGCAGAAUGAAGAGCAACUUGUAUAUGCCUUACCGUUUAAUGACAUGGAUAAGUUUUCAGCACUGUUUGCUGAUCUAGACACUCAUUCUCAUUUGGGUGUUAUUUCUUACGGGGUUUCCAUGACUACCUUGGAGGAUGUGUUUCUCAGGCUGGAAGUUGAAGCUGAAAUUAACCAAGCAGAUUUUAGUGCAUUUAACCUAGAGCAAGCUGAAAAUGAAAUGGAUGCAAAAUCUAUUGAUGAGUUAGAGCAAAGUCUACUAAUGCUAUCUGAGACAAAAUCCUGUGCAGUGAGUAGUAAAUCUCUUUGGAAAAAACAGGUCUCUACUAUGGCAAAGGUUCAUUUUCUUAACUUCAAACGCGACAUUAGGUCACUGACAGAAGUGAUCUUGCUAUUCACAGUGUUUCUUGGUGUUGAGAUUUAUAUGUUUAAUAUGUAUCAACAAUACUUCAAAAAUGCAGUGGUCCCUAUUACAUUCUCUCCAGAUUUGUAUUUUCUUAAACCAAAUGAAACUCAUCAUAAAUACAAAACCAGUCUCCUUAUUCAAAACUUCACUGGAUCAGACAUAGAUGACAUCAUCAGCUCUCUUAUGAAGCAGAAUAUACACACAGAAAUAUUCAAUGGCAGUGAUUAUGCAUCAGUUGCCCCCCACAAUGGAGGAUUAAAUGUAUCUCAUGCAGGCAAGAGUUACAUCUAUACAGUUGCCUUCAACCGUACCAUGGUGCAUUCUUUACCUGUCAUGAUGAAUAUCAUUAGCAAUCUGUAUCUCCACAAUUUAAAUGUAACUGAAAACAUCCAUGUCUGGAGUAGGUCUUUCUUUCAAAAAAUUACUGACAGAGGUUUCAUAAUGGUACUGGUUGUUCAAGGUUUGACAGUAGGAGUCACAAUAACUGGGAUGCCAACCUAUUUUUCCAUGGACAAUGCGGAAAAUCAUAGGAUCAAAGCCUACACUCAACUCAAAAUAUCAGGUCUUUUUCCAUCUGCUUACUGGUGUGGACAAGCACUAAUUGACAUUAUUUUAUAUUACAUUAUUCUCCUUCUGAUGGUAGGAAUCUUGUUUAUAGUUCACCAUGGAAUUAUUUUUUUUCCUGAGGAGCUUCUUGCUGUGGUUUUUUGCCUUAUUGGCUAUGCACCAUCAGUAAUUCUGUUCCAUUAUGUCGUCUCUUUCACCUUUAAAACAAUACAAAACACCAAAGAAUUUUGGUCAUUAAUUUUUUCAAUAGUAGCCUUGAUUUGUGUUAUUGUUACUGAUGUAGCUUUUAUUCAAUGGUACACAAUAGCGAUCAUAAUUCACACUUGUUUUUCUGUCUUCAUUCCAAUCUAUCCUCUUAUUGGGUGUCUGAUUUCUCUGACAGAGGUAGCACAGAAGCUUGGUCGAAAUAUGGAAAGAAAUACAGAAAGAUUACUGGUUUCUGCUGUAGCACCAUACUUGCAGUGUGUCAUUUGGCUCUUCCUUCUACGCUAUCUUGAGAUGAAAUGUGGAGGCAAAUCAAUGAGAAAGGACCCAUUUUUCAGAACCUCUGUGAAACUCAAGCCCAGGAAAUUCCCAGAUGUGUCACAGGAUGAGGAUGAGGAUGAAGAUGUUUUGGCUGAGAGGUUGAGGGUUAAAGAAAUGACAACCUACCAGAACUCUGAGGAGAAACCUGCCAUUUUGAUCAGCAAUUUGCAUAAAGAUUAUGAUGAAAAGACAGAUUUUCUUCUUGGGAGAAAAAUAAAGAAGGUUGCAACAGAUCAGGUCUCUCUUUGUGUGAAAAAGGGGGAAGUUAUGGGACUGUUAGGCCCCAAUGGAGCUGGGAAGAGCACACUGAUUAAUAUAUUGGUGGGAGAAGUAGAACCAACUUCAGGCCAGGUGCUGAUGGGAGAUUAUUCUUUAGGUGAAAAUAACAAGGAUAACUCUAUGAAAUUUAUGGGAUACUGUCCACAGACAAAUCCACUUUGGCCUGAUAUUACACUGCAGGAGCAUUUUGAAAUUUACGGGGCUAUCAAAGGAAUGAGUGAAAAUGACAUGAAAGAAUUCAUAACAUGCAUUUCCAAAGCACUUGACCUCAAAGAACAUCUACAUAAAAGAACAAAGGAACUUGGAGUAGGAAUCAAACGAAAGUUAAGCUUUGCUCUAAGUAUGCUUGGUAACCCUCAUGUUGCUUUAUUAGAUGAGCCAUCUACUGGUAUGGACCCUGUAGGAAUACAGCAAAUGUGGAAAGCAAUUCGAGUAGCUUUUAAAAAUAGAGAGCGAGCAGCUAUUUUGACAACUCAUUAUAUGGAAGAAGCAGAAGCUGUGUGUGAUCGAGUCGCAAUCUUGGUGUCUGGAAAGUUAAGGUGUAUUGGUACAGUUCAGCAUCUCAAGAGUAAAUUCGGCAGAGGCUAUUUCUUAGAAAUGAAAUUAAAAGAAGUGCCAGAUAUACAACAGAAGGAGCGUCUUCAAAGGAGGAUUUUGCGCAUAUUUCCAAAUGCAAGUUGUCAGAAAAGCUUUGCCUCUGUUUUGGCUUAUAAAAUCCCAAAGGAAGAUGUCCACUCGCUUGCAGUAUCUUUUUCUAAACUGGAGGAAGCAAGACAUGCUUUUAAUGUUGAAGAAUACAGCUUCUCUCAAGCAACACUUGAACAGGUAUUUAUGGAACUUGUAAAAGAACAAGAAGAAGAAGAGAGCCAUUUUGGAACACUGCACGGAACAAUUAGUUGGGAAAGAUCCCAGGGAGAGAGAGUUCUUUUCUGAUUUAUUCCACAUUGUAGAAUUCAAGAUCUUCACUUGUCGAGUUUUUAAAAGGGUUGGUUGUUGUUGCUUUGGAGCAGGUGCAGAGACCCUUUGGCCCUCCAGAUGUUGCUGAACUACAACACUCAUCAGCUCCAGCAAGCAUGCCCAAUGGCCAGGGAAGAUGGGAGCUGUAGUUCAGCAACAUCUGGAGGGCCAAAAGUUCCCCACAUCUGCUUUAGAUUGUGCAAAUAGCACUAUGAAUCCAGAGCAUAUGCAUUGGCAAUUGAAAAUGCUAGCCUUCUUUGCCUUAUUAAAGAUAUAAAUAAUAUGAAAUGCCUUUAUUUUGGAAUACUCUUAUUACUAUUCUAUGACUUGCUCUUUUUUUUAAAAAAAAUGAAAAUCCCUAUGAAUUUGUCCUUUUGUUUUGCUUUGUAGUAAUACUUGAAAGAUGGUAGUGUAAAAUUUCAUUGUUUGGGGGCAAGAGAGCAAUCUCCAGCAGUUGUAGUAUGUAAGGUGAAGCACCACCAUUGCAUUGCUUUCCCAGCUGCAGCAGUACUACCAUUUGCCAGGACCAGAAUUGGGCAGGGUGGUUGAGCACCAGGUUGGUUGUGGUGGGUGCAGGUGUAUGUGGCUCCCCCACUCAUGGCCUGCCCCAUUCCAGCCGGAGGCAGAGCCCCACCUCACACAUGCGACUGAUCUCCACUAUAAUGAUCAUUGCUUUAUUUAAGCACCUUUUCCAGAAUAACAUUUUGCUAAAGACCGUUUUUGCAACUUCGCCAGUUCCCUGAAAGUUUUGUCACAAUUUCUUAAAUCAUAAGAGAAAGCAGUUCCAUAAACAUUUAGCGGUUUAUCUCUUAAAAUAACUAUUUUAUUGGAAAUCCAUAUGGAAAUUUCCUCUAUAAGUUCUCAAGCUGAUCAUAAUAUUUUAAAAAUAAAACCGUACACUAUUUGAGCUAUGCUGAGUGUUGAAUUACUUGUCAUCUUAUUCAUUAAAAUACUUAAGAAAAACUAUUAUAAUUCAAAAACUAUUAUAAUUCAGAAUUAGUGACAAAGCAUUUGUGCUAUUGUUAUGGCUCCCCUUUUCCCUUUUGGGUUACAUGCUCUGAACAGCAGACACGUUAUCUAUGUAAAAUCACUGGUUAGAUGGUGUAGUCAGCAUUUCCCUAGCUUGAAAGUAUUUUCCCCAAGUCCAGUCACAAAAAUGUAUUUCCCAGUUUAAGCUACUCUGAAUUACAACUUGCUAUUCAAUAAUGUUCAAAUACAUUUCAGUGUAUGUAUAGUGUACUAUAAGAAUAACCAUUAUACACUUUAUUUUGAAUGAUCUAAAUCAUUGCUGUGUCAAGUUCCAGAGAACCCUAUAUAUUGCAUGCACAUGUCAAUUUAUUGAAAUGGCUUUUUCUCACUUUGUGUGAGAGAAAUUAUGAAAGCCAAACAGUGAAAUCCCUUAACAUUCCUUAUUAGCAUACAGGAUAUUAAAGCAUUUUGAUGUCAACAUAUGAGAUCCACUAUAUGUUUGUGAAGCUAACUUUUCUGUGUUCAGGUUUCAAAGUCUUCAUUUGACUGUGAAAUUUAUAACCAUACACCACAGUACCACUGUUUUGAUAACUGACAAGCCAAACAAGAAAAUAUAAGGAAUAAACAUUUGUUUGCUAUAAAUGCGUAUAAUCAAUUUAGGAUUGGUAUGUG